UCUUCGCUCUAUAUAACCUAAAGAAUCACUAAAUUAGGGUUUUAGCUAUCUUUCUCGCAGCUCGUUAAGCGUAGCCACUUACAGCGAGGGAGAAAGUGUUUAGCCGCCAUACUCGAAAAUGGUUAAGGGACGCGAAGGAGAGCGAGUCAGGCUCUAUGUCAGAGGAACCAUUUUGGGAUAUAAGAGGUCAAAGUCAAAUCAGUACCCAAGCACAUCGUUGAUCCAGAUUGAGGGUGUGAACACUAAGGAAGAGGUUGGAUGGUAUGCUGGCAAGAAAAUGGCUUAUAUUUACAAGGCCAAGGUAAAGAAGAAUGGAUCCCAUUAUCGCUGCAUUUGGGGAAAGGUUAUUCGGCCACAUGGUAACAGUGGUGUUGUGAGAGCUAAGUUCAAGUCCAAUCUGCCCCCAAGAUCCAUGGGUGAUAAGGUUAGAGUCUUCAUGUACCCCAGCAACAUUUAAGACUCCUGAGAUUUGUUGAUGGCAGAUUGUGUUCGUUGAUGACUUAGAGAAAUCUGCAUGUUACUUGUUUUAUAAGCUAAGGCUAAAUGUGUUGUGUACUCUGCAGUUUUGAUGGAGUUAUUUUUGUUUGUUUAGAAUGGUGGAUGAACAUUGUUUGGCUCCUUACUAAUCUCAGUUAGAUUUUUCCA